UGUUUUUAUAAUAUCGAUUUGAAGGGAAGUCCCCCGUAUUCUUAUUUAAGAAGUUACAAAAAUGAGCAUUUCAUUAUUUUAUUAUUUCACGUUUCGUGUUAACAUACAAAUAAUCAACACUUCGUACUUAAAAUUUGUGAAUAAGAAUUAAUUUCUUAAAAAUCUUCUGUCACUUAUAGAAAAAAUAACUCUUGUGUAAGGAAUUAUGGAUAGAGUGUGCUGCAUAGUUGAUUUCGAAGGAUUCAAAGUGAAUAACCAGUUUCUGGUAAGAGAGUUGGGAUGGAUUGAUAUGGAAAAUGCCGAAAAAGACAGCGUCCGAUUCGAUCUCAGAGGCUACCACAGAUCCUUACAAGACAUAGAAAAUUGCAAUUACAUUACUUCAAAAGUAAGUGGCUUAACAUUCAAACCGAUGCGCGGCGAAGAGACCACAUCCCCACAGCUACUUGAUUUCAAGUUGAGAGAAAUCUAUGAUUUCUGUAAAACUUCCAAAAAGAAUGUGAUUGCUUACUUAGGAGGAAAGACAGAAAGGAACAUUCUGUCACAUCUUGGCAUACCUUGCAUCAAUCUUGAUGCUUAUUGUUGUCCCAAGUCCGAUCGCCAGGUCAGUUUUUAUCCGUUAUAUAUCUAUCCAGCCUGUGGUAAUCACAAGUAUAAUGGUCACUGCCCCUUUUCUGAAGUCCAAGCAUUGAGAGCAUGGGUGUUAGCUCGUCUUUGAAACGUCAAUAAACAAAUAACAUUUUGUACCGUUUAGCUAUUAAUUUACGAUUCUGUUUAAAUAUUGUCUUGAAUGUAAAUAAAAUUUUUAUUAUA